AAGCCGUCUCGCUGCUUUGUGUGCGUGAAAAGGAGACAGCAGAGUUAGGAUUAAGAAGAGGGCGAGAUCUGACUUAAGAAGAUCGGUGUAGUGUCGCCGGACGGAGAUGACGCCCGGUGUCGGCUACGGAGCCACCGAGGAGCAGCGCCUUGAGCGGCAUGUGGGGUGCAUUGCCGGGUUCCUCCAGCUGUUCGACCGCCACAACGUUCUCGCCUGGCGCCGCCAUGCGACCUGCUCCGUGAGAAUUUACUACCGGAUCGACGCCCCCGUCCGAGAGGUCGGAGGUUUCGUCAGCGUCUUUAUUGAAGGAGAGCCACCCGCAACCGUCGUCGCCGGAGAUCCGGGACUAGGCGGAGUCGCCGCCGCGGCGGUCGCUUCCGCUGCCUCUCCCAGUCUUCGAGGCCAAGCACGGGGCGAGGAUUAGGGAUGCACUACGGCGACAUCGAGAACCGGCUGAGUAUGCGGGGAAUCGACGAACCAGGGAAAGAUUUGGAGACGCUGAAGCAAAUCCUAGAGGCGCUCCAGCUGAAGGGCCUCCUCCAUUCCAAGCCCUCGGAUCACGGCGCCACCGGCCGCCGCAUUCGUAUCUACGAUAACCAGGGCCCCGAUCGUCAUCAUGAAGCCGACCUCCAAGCCUCCACGGCGGCCAUCAAGCGAGCAGCAGCGGCCCAGAUCCGGCGUCGCUCGUCGGAGUGCUCCGCCAGUCCGCCGCGAGCAGGUGGCAUCGGUCGAUCAUAGCAUCAGGGGAGGAAACGAGCGGGGUAAUCGAGCUCCGAGAUCGCCGGAGAGCCCGAUCUCGCCGGUGCACCGGAGAGCAUCAAAUGCGGCAGCCCGGAGCCCGCUGUCCCAGCGGGGAAUGCCGAACGUCAGCUCCCCAAAAUCCAAUCCGAAAAGGGCGGGGCCAGAUCUGCUGCCCGUCCGAUCGCCGAGGAGACGAAGGCCAACGGCGAACGCAUCUCCCAUGGAGAGGGUUCACCCGCCGUCGGAGGACGAUGCCUCCACCACCGUCUCCGAGAGUAGCAUCAAUGCCUCCUCUCGAUUGGACUUCGAGAGAUCGGGGCGAAGUUUGUUGGAACGGUGCGACAAGCUGUUACAAGGCAUUGCGGCGUUUACGGAGGCGGAACAGGACACCGCGGCGGACCAGCAGCCGAGCCCCGUCUCGGUGGUCGACUCGUCGUCCUACCUCGGCGAGGAGGGUUCGCCCUGGCCCCUCGCCAAGCGCUCCAUCGACUUCAAAGAUUAACUGGCGGACGACUGGAAAGAGGAGCCGUGGUCAACGUAUGAAGUGGGCGAGAUUGGUGCGCCCGUGGCAAUGGACCCGGACUACGCCUACGUGUGCGACGUCCUCCGCGCGUCCGAACGCUACGGGGACGCCUCCGACGCGGCGUACGCGGCCCUGGAGAACGGCCGCUGCCGCCGACGAGGAGGCCCGGCCCGCUACCCGUCCAAGACAGCCCGUCUCCACCGCCGCCUCGUCUUCGACGCCGUGGCCGAGAUCCUGGAUCGCAAGCACCACGUGUCACCGUGGGACGUCUUCGCGCGGGGAGACGGGGAGGAGGGGGAGAAGGCGCUGCCACGGGUUUGGGCGGAGUUCCAGCGACUCCGGGAGCAGGUGGCGGCGGCGGACGAUCACGAGGGAGCUGCGUGCGGGGCCGUGAGGAACGACAUCGCAGCGGCGCGCCCCGACGGGUGGGUCCGGCCCGCCGCCGAGAUGUCCGACGUGGCCCUCGAGAUUGAGCGGCUGAUCUUUAAGGAUCUCGUCGCCGAGACCAUCCGUGACCUUGGCGCCCGGGAGCCCCUCCCCCUUCACCGCCGCAAGCUCGUCUUCUGAAAACCCAUGACAAAGAAACUUUGCUCGCCUGAUGUUUGUUUGAAUGCCUCUAGCGUUGUAGCCAAGGCCGUCUACCGGAGUGCAGAUGUAAGAGUGAAAAUUGAGGAACAGAACAAUAAAGAGAAGAUGGUUGCAUA